GCGUCCACGUCAGCUGGCAGAGAUGCGCAUGUUUCUAUGAACGAGGCGGACAGCACGAGAGGCGCAAAUCACCACCGAGCUGCUGACCGACGCUGGUAUUAACAUGUGACCGCUGUGUGGUCGCUCAGUUGUGCCACACCUGCCCGGAUUAUACACAGCGGAGGUCUGUGCUUCAUCUCUCUGACACGGUGAUACGGCUGAGAGGGGAAGAUGGACACCGCGGACCGAGGUGCUCAGAUAGAGCCACUGUUGCCAACGGUCAAUUCUUCCUUUUGCACAUCAGUUGGGCGCAGAAGUUUGAGGAAUGAUGAUGAGGCUGUGGUGGACCGAGGAGGAACACGGUCCCAACAGGGAACCAACUUCGGGCAGGAGGAUCUUGAAGGCCACAGGACUCUCUACAUCGGGGUCCACGUCCCUUUGGGCAGUACCAGGCACCGCAGCCAUCGCAGACGCCAUCACCAUGGAAACAAACACAAGAAAAGGAGCACGGACCGGGCCCCCACCUUGUUGGAGGGUAGAGAGUCUCCUGUUUAUGACACUCCCUCCCAGAGAGUGCAGUUUCUGCUGGGUACUGAGGAUGAUGAUGAGGAGCAUAUUCCUCAUGACCUCUUCACAGAGAUGGAUGAAAUCUGUGAAAGGGAUGGAGGGGAUUCUGAGUGGAGGGAAAGUGCCAGGUGGCUGAAGUUCGAGGAGGAUGUGGAGGAUGGAGGAGAGCGGUGGAGUAAACCCUAUGUAGCCACUCUGUCUCUGCACAGCCUGUUUGAGCUGCGAAGCUGCAUUAUUAACAGCACUGUGCUGCUCGACAUGAGGGCUAAUACCAUUGAAGAGAUUGCAGACAUGGUCUUGGACCACCAGGAGUUAUACUCACCACUGGGAGAUGAGCUCAGAAAGAGAGUGCGUGAAACACUGCUGAAGCAGCACCAUCACCAAAACCAAAAGAAGCUGGCUAAUCGCCUGCCGAUUGUACGCUCCCUUGCUGACAUGGGUCGACGGACAUCAGAGCUCCACCUGGACAAGAAUGGUCAGAUGACGGCAUCCCAGUCCCAGUUAGCGGGAACAGACGGGAAAGGGGACGUCAGUAAAGAGAACAGUUCUGUGGACUUCAGCAAGAAAGACCUCCAUUUCAUGAAGAAGAUCCCGGCAGGGGCCGAGGCGUGUAACGUGUUAGUGGGAGAGCUGGAAUUUCUGAACAAGCCGGUGGUGGCAUUUGUCCGUCUUUCACCGGCAGUCAUGCUCAGUGGGCUGGCUGAAGUCCCCAUCGCCACAAGGUUUCUGUUUAUUCUUUUAGGGCCAUUGGGUAGAGCGCUUCAGUAUCAUGAGAUUGGAAGGUCCAUUGCAACACUCAUGACAGAUGAGGUUUUCCAUGAUGUUGCCUAUAAAGCGAAAGACCGCAAUGAUCUGAUCGCUGGAAUUGAUGAAUUUCUUGAUCAAGUGACAGUCCUGCCUCCAGGAGAGUGGGACCCAUCCAUACGGAUAGAGCCACCAAAAAAUGUACCUUCUCAGGAGAAGAGGAAGAAAAGUAACAUUUUACCUAACGGAUUAGUAGAGGGUGAAGAGGAAGAGGAGGAAGGUGGUCACGGGGGUCCAGAACUGCAGCGAACUGGAAGGUGGUUUGGUGGUCUCUUUCUAGACAUCAAGCGCAAGGCACCGCACUACCUGUCCGACUACACUGAUGCUUUCAGUUUACAGUGUGUGGCCUCUUUCCUAUUCCUCUACUGUGCCUGCAUGUCCCCUGUCAUCACCUUUGGAGGACUAUUGGGCGAGGCAACAGAAGGACGCAUAAGUGCAAUUGAGUCGCUGUUUGGAGCCUCACUGACUGGAAUAGCCUAUUCCCUGUUUGCAGGGCAGCCCCUGACCAUCCUGGGCAGCACGGGGCCAGUGCUUGUAUUUGAAAAAAUAUUGUUCAAAUUCUGCAAGGAGUAUGGCUUGUCCUAUCUGUCUCUGAGAACCUGUAUUGGUCUGUGGACAGCUUUCCUCUGUAUCGUGCUGGUGGCUACGGAUGCCAGUUCGCUUGUUUGUUACAUCACACGUUUUACAGAGGAAGCCUUUGCCUCACUCAUCUGCAUCAUCUUCAUCUAUGAGGCCUUGGAGAAACUUAUCCACCUGGGAGACCACUAUCCCUUUAACAAGAACAACAACCUGGACAAACUCACCAUGUACUCAUGUUCAUGCGUUGAGCCUGCUGACCCCACCAAUGGCACCCUGAAGUAUUGGGAGACUACCAACGUCACUGCCUCAGAAAUCUACUGGGAAGCACUGGAGACCAAGGACUGUAUUGAAAAGCGCGGGGAGUUUGUGGGCAGCGCCUGCGGUCCUCAUGGACCCUACGUCCCUGAUGUCCUCUUCUGGUGUGUCAUUCUCUUCUUUUCCACCGUCCUCAUGUCCGCCUUCCUCAAGGAGUUCAAGUUCAGCAAUUACUUUCCCACAAAGGUGAGAUCCAUCAUCAGUGACUUUUCUGUUUUCCUUACCAUCCUUGCCAUGGUAUUAAUCGACUAUGCAUUAGGUAUCCCCUCUCCAAAACUACAGGUUCCCAGUGUGUUUAAGCCAACCAGAGAUGAUCGAGGUUGGUUCAUCAACCCGCUGGGGCCUAACCCCUGGUGGACCACAGUCAUUACAGUGGUCCCAGCUUUGCUUUGUACCAUCCUCAUCUUCAUGGACCAGCAGAUCACAGCUGUCAUCAUCAACAGGAAGGAACACAAACUCAAGAAAGGCUGUGGGUACCACCUGGAUCUGUUCAUAGUGGGGGUGAUGCUCGGUGUGUGCUCUUUGAUGGGCUUGCCCUGGUUCGUGGCAGCCACCGUCCUCUCCAUCAGCCACGUCAACAGCCUGAAGCUGGAGUCGGAGUGCUCGGCUCCUGGGGAAGUGCCCAAGUUCCUCGGCAUCAGAGAGCAACGCUUUACCGGCCUCAUGAUCUUCACCCUCAUGGGCUGCUCUGUCUUCAUGACAUCUGUGCUGAAGUUUAUUCCUAUGCCUGUGUUGUAUGGAGUAUUCCUUUACAUGGGAGCAUCUUCUCUCAGAGGCAUUCAGUUCUUUGACCGUCUGAAACUGUUUGGCAUGCCAGCUAAGCACCAGCCAGACUUUAUCUAUCUACGACAUGUACCACUGAGGAAAGUGCACCUCUUCACCAUCAUCCAGCUCAGCUGUUUGAUUAUGCUCUGGGUCAUCAAGACCUCCAAGGCUGCCAUUGUCUUUCCCAUGAUGGUGUUGGCUCUGGUGUUUAUCAGGAAGCUAAUGGACUGCUUCUUCACCAAGAGGGAGUUGAGCUGGCUGGAUGACCUCAUGCCAGAGAGCAAGAAGAAGAAGCUUGAGGAUGCUCAAGAGGAGGAGGAACAGAGUAUAUUGGCAGAAGAUGAGGGAGUAGUGCAAGUGCCAUUAGAAGGGUGCAAAGAAAUACCCAUCAUCAAUAUCACAGAUGAAAUGUCAAAAGGUUCUUUUGGAAAUACUUGGAUUGCGAACAGCUAAGACAUUUGAAAAAUAAUCAAAACAUCUCAACUCCAAACAUUAUGUCAUCUACAACGCUCACAGUGUUUCACAACACUGGUGUCCAUGAUGAGAAAUGUAAGAUGAAGAAGAUGGAGGACAGCGUUGUGAGUCUGUCACCGUCCCUUCUGUGUGCUCGCAAACA